AUGAUUUUAAGGCAGCUAAAUCAAAAAKUCAUCAGAAGAGGRCUUUGGGUUCUUCCGAGACCUCACAAUGGAUGGUUCGAACUAAACUGGAAUGAUAACACCCUYGAAGCCUACUGGAAAGAACAUUUUAGAAUGAGAAAAGAAACGUUUAGACGUCUAGUAGCACUAGUACGUCCUCACAUUACAAAAAGAAAUACUCGGUUUAGAACAGCAAUAUCCCCAGAAAAACGAGUAGCGAUAGCAUUGUGGAGGCUUGCUGGGGGAGCAAUCUACCGAGAUAUUGCAGUUAAYUUUGACGUAGGGAAAUCAACCUGUAUUACGAUCACAAARGAAUUCUGCAAAGCGUUAAUCAGACACGCUCAAAGAUAUAUUCAUUUCCCUGGGACUUGUCGCRAAACAGCUGAARCUAUUAGCGCUUWUCAAGACCUUUGUUCAUUGCCACAAGCUUUGGGAGCAGUAGAUGGGACUCACGUUGUCAUUUUACCACCARAAGACAAAUUUGACURCUUUGAUCGUGAACACAACUACAGUGUUAUAAUGCAAGCUGUUGUUGGUGAAAACUACAAAUUUCUUGAUACAGCAAUUGGGUAUCCUGGUUCGAUGCACGACGCUCGUGUUUUGCRAUCAUCUGUUUUGUAUAGRCAAGCAGAACAAGAAAUUAUUUUAAAAGAGCCUGUUGUUUUUAUUGGAGGGGUGCAGGUACGACCUUUGCUGUUAGCUGAUGGUGCAUAUYCCUUGCUGUCUUGGCUAAUGAAGCCUUACCCUAACACGGCCAAURUUCUACCAAUACAACGAAGGUUUAAUAGAAGAUUGUCAUCAGCCAGAUCGAUUGUUGAGCGAGCUUUCGGGAUAUUAAAAGGAAGGUGGAGAAUUUUAUUAAAGAGGCUUGAUGCAAGGUUCGAAAAUAUUCCCGAAAUUAUCUUGACAUGUUGUGUGCUUCAUAAUUUCUGUCAGGAAGCCGGAGAAGAAUUUGACGACCAAGAAAUGCUGAGGAGAGUCAUAGCACUCGAAAGAAAGUAUGCCAGAGCACGACCACAUCUGAAUGCAAAUCAACCCCGAGCCCAAGCAAUACGCCAAGCAUUACAAAAUAAUUGA